AUGUCGAGGCUUCUCUGCAGACACUUCCCUCGCCGGGCCCUUCUUGCCCGCCCGGCUUACAGCGCUCGGAGCUAUGCUUCCUCUGCUUCGGCGGCUCCCCAGUUCAACUGGGAAGACCCAUUGAAUGCAAAGAAUUUGCUCACGGAGGAGGAACUGGCCAUCUCUGAGAUGGCUGAGCGCUACUGUCAGGAGCAUCUGGCACCGCGAGUCCUGCAGGCCUAUCGGGAUGAGCACUAUGAUCCCAAGAUUUUGCAAGAGAUGGGCGAACUGGGCCUUCUCGGUGCUACUAUCAAGGGAUAUGGUUGUGCCGGUGUAUCGACCGUUGCCAGUGCCCUGAUUACCCGCGCCGUCGAGCGCGUGGACAGCGGCUACCGCAGCGGCAUGUCUGUUCAGUCCUCCCUGGUGAUGGGUGCCAUCCAUGACUUUGGCACUGAGGAGCUGAAGGAGAAGUAUCUCCCUCAGCUAGCCAAGGGAAAGAUCAUUGGCGCCUUUGGCCUUACCGAGCCCAACCACGGUAGUGAUCCGGGCUCUAUGGAGACGACUGCCCGCGAGCAUCCCACCAAGCAGGGCUACUACCUCCUCAAGGGAUCCAAGACUUGGAUCACGAACUCACCCAUCGCGGAUGUUCUCGUCGUCUGGGCCAGACUGCAGGAGACCGGCAAGAUCCGGGGCUUCCUCGUUGACAGGAGCAUGUGCCCUCCAGGCGCCCUCGAGACCCCUGCCAUCAAGAACAAGACUGGCCUGCGCGCCUCAAUCACGGGCAUGAUUCAUCUGGAGGACUGCCCCGUCCCCAAGGAGCACAUGUUCCCUGACGUCGAGGGCCUCAAGGGACCCUUCACCUGCCUAAACAGUGCCAGAUAUGGCAUCGCCCUCGGUGUCAUGGGCGCUCUCGAGGACUGUAUUGCUCGGGCCCGCACGUACGCCCUCGAGCGCAGGCAGUUCAAGGGCAACCCUCUGGCCAAGUACCAGCUCGUGCAGAAGAAAUUGGCUGAUGCCACGACGGAUGCUGCUUACGGUGUUCUUGCGGCCAUCCAGGUCGGCCGGCUCAAGGACGAAGGCAAGGCCACGCCUGAGAUGAUUAGCAUGAUCAAGCGGCAGAACUGCGACCGAGCUUUGUGGAAUGCGCGCGUGCUUCAGGAGAUCUUUGGCGGCAAUGCCGUUAGCGAUGAGUAUCAUAUUGGACGCCAUGUGGCCAACCUUUAUGUUACGCAGACUUAUGAGGGGCAGAGUGAUAUCCAUACUCUUAUCCUGGGCAGAGCCAUUACUGGUAUUCAGGCUUUUGUCUAA